AUGGCUACGAACUAUUCCAAGAACGCAGAGGAGAGCCCGGUGCCAUGCAAGGCAGAAGUAAAAGGGAGUAUUCCCAGCUGGCUGCAGGGCACCCUGCUGCGCAAUGGCCCCGGCAUCUUCUCUGUGGGGGACACCAACUACGACCACUGGUUCGAUGGGAUGGCCUUGAUGAAUAGCUUCGCCAUUAAAGAUGGUGAAGUGAGUUACAGUAGCAGAUUCCUUAGAAGUGACACCUACAAAGCCAACAUGGCUGCAAACAGGAUAGUUGUUUCUGAAAUGGGAACAAUGGCCUACCCAGACCCAAGCAAGAAUUUCAUUGUCAAGGCGAUUACCUUUCUGAACCACACAGUGCCCGACUUCACUGACAACGGCGCAAGCAAUUUCAUUAAAUACGGAAAGGACUACUACGCCACCUCGGAGACCAACUACAUCCGCAAGAUUGAUCCCGUGACACUGGAAACUCUGGACAAGGUGGACUACAUGAAGUACCUGCCGGUAAACUUGUCUUCGUCCCAUCCACACUAUGACAAAGAGGGCAACGCCUACAACAUCGGGACUUCAAUAGCAGAGAAGGCCAAGACUAAAUACAUUCUGUUCAAAGUCCCUGCUGUUUCAGAGAAAGACAAAGACAUGAAUGUCCCCGCACUGAAGAAUGUGGAGGUGAUAUGCACGGUCCCCUGCCGCUCGCUGUUCACACCCAGCUACUACCACAGCUUCGGCAUCACGGACAACUACUUCAUCUUCAUCGAGCAGCCUCUCAAACUGGACAUCCUCAAGAUGGCCACGGCGUACCUGAGGGGAGUCAACUGGGCGAGCUGCUUGAAAUUCUGUCCUGAGGAAAAUACGCUGAUCCACCUGAUAGACAGGAAGACUGGCAAAGAGGUCGAGACAAAGUACUACACCGGAGCAAUGGUCGUCUACCAUCACGUGAAUGCUUUUGAGGACGACGGUCACGUGAUCGUGGAUGUCAUUGCCUACAAGGACAACAGCCUCUAUGAUAUGUUCUACCUGAGCAAGCUGAAGGAAAGCUCCUCGUUCCGCGAUGAUAGCUACUCCAAACCAAGCUACAAACGAUUUGCACUCCCUGUCGAGUCGGACAAGGGCGCUGCAGUUGGGGAUGACUUGGUGAAACUCAAGUACACGACUGCCAGCGCUGUGAAGGAGAAGGAAGGCAAACUGAUUUGCCAAGCAGAGGUUUGCUGUGAAGGUUUUGAAUUACCGCGGAUGAAUUAUGACAUCAACGGCAAAAAGCAUCGGUUCGUCUACGGGAACUCUGUGGAGGAGUCUGCUCUCACAAAAGAGAUUGCCAAGUUUGACACAGAGACCAAGGAAAAGAUUUACUGGCGCGAAGACAACUGCUCGCCGUCAGAGCCCGUGUUCAUCCCCAGACCCAAUGGAGAGUCAGAAGACGAUGGUGUUGUCUUAGCAUCGGUCAUCAACUCCAAUCCAGGCCAAUCUUGUUUUAUCCUGAUUCUUGACGGCAGAACGUUCAAAGAAGUAGCUAGAGCUUACGUGAACACACCGCUCCACAAGGAUAUGCACGGAUUUUUUAUACCACAGGAAAACUAGUCAGUUGUUUACAUGGAAAAAUGUGCUGUGUGGCACAGGAAUCCAUUUGAACACUCAAAAACACUCUGCUGAAUAGCGUGUUUUAGGCAACAGCAUUAUGAGAAGGAACAUGUUUUCAUGGAUUACCUCAUCUCUGUAAAUUUAUAGGAUUGUAUCAAAACACAUUUUUUAUUGGUGUGUUUAUUUGAAAAGAAGAUGCAGAUUUCUUGAUUUUGCAUUGAUCAAAAUGUUGUUUAAGCAUGUAUAUAUAUAUAUCACUGUUGGGUAUUUAGUCCACCUUAUUUUAUUGUACUGUCAUGAGACCAUUGUAUUUGUGCUCAUCCUUUUCAUUAAAAAAUAAAACAUGUACAUUUCUG